UAUGUCUGCCUCCAUCCUCAUCCUUUCCUGAGUCUCUGUAAUCCCAAAAAUAACCCAGCAGGGCCCCGUAGCGUCGCGCAGUUCCCAGGCAGCAGCAGCGUCCCAACCCAUGGCCGUCGCCCCGUGACCCGGGAUUGCCGCUGGAUGACGAGCGGAAAACCGGCGUGCGGGACACGGCCGGGCUCCCCAUCGCUGUGCAGGAGCCGGGAGAGGAGGAUGCACGGGGCUGAGGAACAAGGUGCCUCAUCACCAGACAUGGAGUCCAGCUAUGGGGGAGGCUUGCUAGAUAUGGUGAAAGGAGGAGCAGGGAGACUCUUCAGCAAUUUGAAGGAUAACCUGAAGGAUACCCUGAAAGACACAUCUUCCAAGGUCAUGCAGUCUGUUGCCAGCUACACUAAGGGGGAGCUGGAUAUUUCUUACAUUACCUCAAGAAUCAUAGUGAUGUCUUUUCCGGCUGAAGGCGUGGAGCUGGGAUUCAGGAACCACAUUGAAGAUGUGAGGACGUUUUUGGAUUCCAGACAUCCCGACCACUACACCGUCUUCAACUUGUCCCCCAAAUAUUAUCGCAGUGCCAAGUUCCACAACAGGGUGUCUGAAUGUAGCUGGCCAGUCCGACAGGCACCCAGUCUGCACAACCUCUACGCUGUCUGCAAGAACAUGCACAACUGGCUGCAGCAGAACCCCAAAAAUGUCUGUGUCAUCCAUUGCAUGGACGGCCGUGCAGCCUCAGCAGUUCUGGUCAGCGCCAUGUUCUGUUUCUGUCACCUCUUCUCUAGUCCUGGCCCUGCCAUGCAGCUGCUGAACACAAAGAGACCUGGAAUUGUACUGUGGCCAUCUCACAGGAGGUACAUAGGAUAUAUUUGUGAUCUAAUAGCAGACAAGCCCAUCAUUCCUCACUGCAAACCACUCACUAUCAAGUCAGUCACCCUCAGCCCUGUCCCCUGUUUCAACAAGCAACGCAACGGCUGCCGGCCUUUCUGUGACAUCCUCAGCGGAGAGACCAGGAUCCUCACCACUGCCCAGGAGUAUGAGAGGAUGAAAGAAUACCGUGUGCAAGAAGGGAAAGUCCUAAUUCCACUGGGAGCCACUGUCCAUGGAGAUGUCGUUGUUUCUGUCUACCACAUGAGAUCCACCAUCGGGGGACGUCUUCAAGCCAAAAUGACCAACACACAAAUAUUCCAAAUUCAAUUUCAUACUGGAUUCAUAGCCCUGGGAACAACCACUCUAAAAUUCACCAAGCCUGAAUUGGAUGCCUGUGACUCUCCAGACAAAUAUCCUCAGCUCUUUCAUGUUAUACUGGACAUAGAAAUACAGUCCACAGAUAGACAAACUGAACUAACUCCCCCAUGGGAGAACUUCACAACAAAAGACAUCAAUCCAUCCAUCCUCUUCUCCUCUCACCAGGAGCACCAGGACACUCUUGCUUUGGCAGGCAGAGGUCCCACGGAUUCACCCCAGGAUAACAUCAGGAAUGUUGGGCAGAGUGCAUUCUUCUCCUCUCUCAGCUGGCAAGAUCAGAAAUCUGACAAAAGUAGCUCUCACCCCACCUCAGAGGAUCGAGCAGCGUUGGUGCAUGAGGAAAGCGAACAGUCAGAUGACGAACUCUUGUCCCUUUCCAGUCAGCACAGUAAUGCCAGCGGUGACAAGCCCCAUGGGACACCAAAACACAGCAAAAAGCAACAAGAACCUCCAGCACCACCCCCUCCUGAAGAUGUGGACCUGCUGGGCCUGGAUGGCAGCCCUAUGAGCAAGAACUUUCCCUCACAGCCCACGGCUGCCCCCUCUAACUCAGACUUGCUGAGUGAUUUGUUUGGAGGGCCGAGUGCCCCGAGUCAGAGUGGACAGCCUGCUGCUGAGGAGGUUUUCCAUGUGGGGGGACCUGGAUCUGUGCAGUCAACUCCUCGGCGUUCUGCGGCCUCAGCGUCCCCAUCCCCGUCCCCAAGGGUGGGAGAAGCCACUGCCUUUGAUCCAUUUGGAAGUAGCCCCAAGCAAGCUGGUCCCGACCUCCUAGGUUCCUUCCUUGGUUCAUCUGCUGUCCCUGGGGAUCCUUUCCUUCAAGCCACAAGAAGCCCUUCACCAACUGUGCACAGUGAUCCCUUUCACAUGGCUUCUAGCACUCCAACAGUUUCCAUACAACCAGAUGUUUCCAGUGGUUGGGACUGGCCCAACAAAGCAGGUGGCCUAGGAAUGGGAAGUAAGUCUGCUGCCACCAGUCCUACAGGAUCCCUCCACAGCACUCCCACUCAUCAGCCUAAACCCCAAACACUGGAUCCGUUUGCUGACCUGGGGACUCUUGGAGCAAGUUUAGCAGGUGGCCCUUCCUUUGCCAGCAAGCCGACCACUCCGACGGGCAUGGGCGGGGGGUUCCCGCCGUCACCGCAGAAGCCGUCGCCGCAGCCCAUGGGCGGGAGUGGUUGGCAGCAGGGAGCUGGGUACACCUGGCAGCAGGCUCAGCCCAAAGCCCAGCCCAGCGUGCCCCACGCUUCCCCUCAGAACAAACCCAACUACAACGUGAGCUUCUCAGCCAUGCCUGGAGCACAGGGCGAACGGGGGAAAGGACCCGCUAAUGUUGAUUCAAAGCCAAAAGUGUCCGCAGAUUUUGAAGAUCUAUUAUCUGGUCAAGGCUUUAAUGCUCACAAGGACAAGAAGGGCCCCAAAACAAUAGCUGAGAUGAGAAAAGAAGAAAUGGCGAAGGAGAUGGACCCUGAAAAACUAAAAGUUCUGGAAUGGAUUGAAGGGAAGGAGAGGAAUAUAAGAGCCCUGCUGUCCACAAUGCACACAGUAUUGUGGGCAGGGGAGACCAGGUGGAAACCUGUGAGUAUGGCAGACCUUGUGACACCAGAGCAGGUGAAGAAGGUGUAUCGACGGGCAGUGCUCGUCGUUCAUCCUGACAAGGCUACUGGACAGCCAUAUGAACAAUAUGCAAAGAUGAUAUUUAUGGAGCUAAAUGAUGCCUGGUCAGAAUUUGAAAACCAAGGACAAAAACCCUUGUAUUAGGUACUUUCUCAGUCUCCACUACAGACCCGUGCUAGUGCUUAUAUAGUCUUUUGUCACAAAUAUCACAGAACAACCAAACUCCGGCUGGAAAUUCAGAAGUUUCAGAAAACCAAGAGCCUAAUACUUAUCAUGAAGAACAAGAGAAAGGUUUCCUAACACUUGUCUCAAGAAUCCUGAGCUCAGAGGAAAUCUGGCCACCUGGCUCACCCUACCAGAGCCUCGGGGUUACAGUUUCUUGUAACUUUCAUAUUUUUCUUUGGAUUCCAGUGGGAAGAGAGAACACAUACUGGGGAAAGGUGGAAUUGUUCUGUCUCUGAUACAGUGUAGCUGGUGAAUUUCCUACUUUUUUUUUUUUU